AUGUCGGGACUCGUGAGGUGUCCUCUGUGUGAUAUGGAGACCACAGAAGUGGUAGUCAAUCGGCAUCUGGAUAAAGGAUGUCCCCCGCCAGAGGGCUCUGGCAGUGAUAAGAUUAGUCAGGGAGAUUCAGGGGUAACCCCUGGAGUUGGUGCAAGUGGCGUGAAGCAAAGCUCGAUUUUCUCUCAAAAAGCGGUUGAUAAUAGGUCAGGAGGUCCAUCUUCAUCUCCUUUAAGUGGAAAAAAGAAUUCUGGCUCGGGAACAGGGAUGUUAGUGGACCGCAAACGAUCUUUUACGGCAAGUGAACAACAGUCGUCAAAGCCGAUGAAUAAAAGCCAGAAUAUUAGUCAGUCUGUCAGUGGUACAAGUGGACGGUCAGAUGUGAAUUCUGGUGAAGAAAGAGGUUAUAGAGAUAAUUCGAGGUCGGCGAGCAAUGCUGCUCAGAGAGAUACCCGCAAGAGAGCCCGGCUGUCAGCGAUUCCUCUCGCAGAACAGGUUCGACCAAAGUCGCUAGAUGACUUUGUUGGUCAAGAAGAUCUUAUAGGAAAAAAUGGAUUGUUACGGAAAUUUGUGGAAAGGGACGUGUGUCCGUCAAUUAUCCUGUGGGGUCCGUCAGGUGUGGGAAAAACGUCGUUUGCGCGGAUCCUAGCCAAUAGUACAAAGUCGCGGUUUAUAGAAUUGUCAGCAGCUAUUCACGGAAUUAACGAGUGUAAAAAGAUAUUUGAAGAAGCGCGAAACGAUUUUAAAUUGUUCAGCCGGCGAACAAUUUUAUUUCUAGACGAGAUUCACCGGUUUAACAGAGCCCAGCAAGAUAUAUUUCUGCCUCAUGUCGAGAAAGGAGAUAUCACCCUGAUAGGAGCGACAACAGAAAAUCCAUCUUUUAAACUCAAUGGAGCACUACUAUCACGAUGUAGAGUUUUGGUUCUUCAUAAAUUGAAACAGUCGGAACUGUCCAAAAUCAUUGCCAAUGCUAUUGACACAUACAACAAAUCACGCGAACAAGAUGGCCUGCCGACAAUCCACUUUGAACAAGAAACAAUCGAGUAUCUAGCGGGCCUAGCAGACGGUGAUGGGCGCAUUGGACUCAAUCUGCUCGAAAUAACCAUUAACGAUGCUUCUGUCCAGAACAGCGCCAGCACCAGCGUCACCAGCAUAAACAACGAUGACCAAAACAGAGAUCUAACCCAACAAACAGAACAAAAUGAACAGAAAGAAAACACAGCAUUACCAACAUCAUCAUCUCAAGCAUCAUACAAAGUGUCAACGGAGCACGUUAAAACAGUAUUACAAAGAACACACAUGCUGUAUGACCGAGUGGGCGACUCUCAUUACGACACGAUAUCGGCAUUACACAAGUCAGUUCGAGGGUCAGAUCCAGAUGCCGCUUUAUUCUAUCUCGGACGAAUGCUCGAGGCAGGCGAAGACCCUUUAUACGUUGCACGACGAAUGGUACGAAUGGCGAGCGAAGACAUUGGCCAAGCAGACGAGUCGUGUCUGCCAUUUGCAGUAGCUGCUUUUCAAGCUGUCCAGCAAAUAGGAAUGCCCGAAGCCGACUGUAUUCUGGCCCAUUGUGCUGUCAAGCUCGCGGAAGCCAAGAAAUCGGUACGAGUCUACCGAGCCUACAACGCCGUCAAAUCCAUGCUCCGGACCGAACCAGGAGCUGCUGCCGCUGUCGUCCCAAUCCACCUCCGCAACGCACCCACCCGGCUCAUGAAAGAAAUCGGCUACGGCAAAGAAUACAAAUACAACCCGGACUACGAAGACGGCAAAGUCCGCCAAACAUACAUGCCCGAGGGUCUCGAAACGGUCAAAUUCCUGUCCAACAAACACCUGGGCCCAUUGUAA